CUGUGUAUAGGCUGGCUGCAUUAGUGAGGAUGAACUAGGACUGCCCCAGCCAGGGCCUAAUGGUGGACAGGUUUCUUAGUAGUAACCUCUCCAUAAAGAAAACCCAAUUCUGGAGUCUUCAUAAAUCAUAGAUGCUCUGGAGGCAAAACACUGGCCCUGGUGCCUAGAAACCACUGGCUUUGCGAUGCUGCCUCUGGAAACCUAUGUCCACUCAUCCUUCUCUCCAUCUAGGGGGUGGACCUGAUCCUGUUUGUGGUCCCAGGUGGCAUGGACCAAGACCUGGUGGAGCUGGUGCAUUGUGUGCCUUAAUCCUGCGUGGUGAUGGUAUCUCAGCCUCAGCAGGUGUUACCGAAGUGAUAUUUACCACUGUCUUCCAUGUGAAGAGUUUUGGAGCACUGGAGAGUGGGAGAACUCCAAGAGCGAUGUUCCCAAGUCUUAGAGUCUCAGGAGCAAGGUUUCCUUAUGAGGAUCCAGAUCUCUGAAACCAAUAACAUACAUGGCAUUGGGUUAGGAUAGCAGCAUCUUUAUCACCUAAUGGCUGCUGGAAGUCGACUUCUCUGUGUGGUGCUGAUAGAGUACCUAGAAAAACAGCAACCCAUGGAUACUUCAGAGUGAAGAGGAGAAGAGAGAAGGUUCCCAGGGGCUCACCAGGGCUGAGUCCAUGUAGUGACACUUCCACAUCCCACCUCCCCAAACCCUCUACCAUCAGAGAAGGCUGGGCCCAGAUAUUCACUAUUAAGUGUCCAGGAAGGAUCUUUCUUACAUAAAGGUGCUUCUGAGGACUUCCAGAGUUACAGUAGAGGAGGAAUCGGGGCAGGAAUUGGGGCUGGACAGGUCUACUCCCAAGGAUUUCCACUUUUACCACAUGGACCUACAUGACUCUGAAGACAGACUGCAGCUCUUUCCAGAAGAGAAUACUAGGAUGAGGAAAGAAGUAGUCCAAGCUGAAAUGGCCAAUGAGUCAAGAGGAGCAGGGGAUGGUAAGGCUCAAAGAGACCUUCAAGAGGGAGUGGAUGAACUUGUCCACUUAUAUGGACUUGAAGAUGAUCAUGAAUUAGGGGAUGAGUUUGCUGACGAAAACAUGCCCAGAACAGGGGUUUCAGAAUAUCCUCCUUAUGUGAUGAAGAGGAGAGACCCAGCCAGGGAACAGAGAGACUGGAGACUUAGUGGAGAGACAGCGGAGGCCGAGGACCUGGGCUUCGGAGGGUGGGGCUCGGCAGGCCAGUGCCAGGACUUGCGGGAAGCCUAUAGGUACACACACGGCCGUGCCAGCGAGGAGUAUGAAUGCUAUGUCAUCCCCGAGGAAGAGGAUGAAGAAGAAGCUGCUGAUGUCUUCUGUGUCACUUGUAAGACUCCAAUAAGAGCUUUUCAGAAGGUUUUUGAUGAACAUAAGGAGCAUGAAGUGAUCCCACUCAAUGAAGCACUGGAAAGUGCCAAGGAUGAAAUUCACAAAAACAUGUACAAAUUGGAAAAGCAGAUAAUCGAGAUGGAAAACUUUGCAAAUCACUUGGAGGAGGUUUUCAUCACUGUGGAGGAGAAUUUUGGAAAACAAGAACAAAACUUUGAGUCACAUUACAAUGAGAUCUUGGAAACACUUGCUCAAAAAUAUGAGGAAAAAAUACAAGCUCUAGGGGAGAAAAAGAAAGAGAAGCUGGAAGCCUUAUAUGGACAACUGGUCAGCUGUGGAGAAAACCUAGAUACCUGCAAAGAACUGAUGGAAACAAUAGAAGAGAUGUGUCACGAGGAGAAGGUGGAUUUCAUAAAGGAUGCAAUGGCUAUGGCUGACAGACUCGGGAAAUUCCUGAAAGCAAAAACAGACGUGGAAAUCUCUGCACAGCCUGAGUUUGAAGACCAGACCUUGGAUUUCUCUGAUGUGGAGCAGCUGAUGGGCUCCAUUAACACCAUUCCAGCUCCUUCUGCUCCAGUCAUAAAUCCGCAGGCUCCUAACUCAGCCACAGGUUCCUCAGUCCGAGUGUGCUGGAGCUUAUACUCGGAUGACACCGUGGAGAGCUAUCAGCUGUCCUACCGGCCAGUGCAGGACAGCUCACCUGGGAAGGACCAAGCAGAAUUUACAGUGACCGUCAAAGAAACAUAUUGCUCAGUGACAAACCUUGUGCCAAAUACCCAGUAUGAAUUUUGGGUCACAGCUCACAACAGGGCUGGCCCCAGUCCCUCUAGCGAGCAUGCAGUGUACAUGACAGCACCUUCUCCCCCGAUUAUAAAAACAAAAGAGAUAAGGAGCUGUGAAGAGGCUGUGCUGAUUUGCUGGGAGUCUGGGAACCUGAAUCCUGUGGACUCGUACACUGUGGAGCUGACCCAGGCUGAAAGUCCAGAGGCCUCAGAUGUAACUGAGUCUGUUGUAGGCAUCCCGACCUGCGAGUCCCUGGUGCAGCUGCAGCCGGGGCGGAGCUACAUUAUCUAUGUGCGAGCCCUCAACACGGGGGGCCCCAGCGUGAGGAGCGAGCCAGCUGCAGUCCACACCAUAGGAAGCUACUUUCGCCUAAACAAGGACACCUGCCAUCCCUGGCUGAUCAUUUCUGAAGAUGGACUUACGGUCGUACGAAGUGAAAGGAGAAUCCCCGCCAGGGAGCUGUCAUCCAGCGACACCCGCUUCACCAGGUGUGUUGCUGUCAUGGGAAAUCUAAUUCCAGUCCGAGGGCACCAUUACUGGGAGGUGGAGGUAGAUGAGCAUUUGGACUAUACAGUUGGUGUGGCCUUUGAAGAUGUCACUAAACAGGAGGAUCUGGGAGCAAACUGCCUCUCCUGGUGCAUGAGGCACACAUUUGCAUCAUCAAGGCAUAAGUAUGAAUUUCUGCACAACAGAACAACUCCAGAUAUAAGAAUAACAGUUCCUCCAAAGAAGAUCGGCAUUCUAUUAGACUAUGAAAAUUCAAAGUUGUCAUUUUUCAAUGUGGACCUUUCUCAGCAUCUAUACACAUUUAGUUGUCAGCUUCACGAAUUUGUGCAUCCCUGUUUUUCUUUGGAAAACCCUGGGUGUCUAAAGGUACAUAAUGGCAUUUCAAUGCCAAAACAUGUCACUUUCUAUUAGAACAUUCUGAUGUCCAGUUUCCUGUCUUCCAUGCCUACCCCUCUCGCAGCCACUCACGCCUUAGCUGGCUGCACCAUGUGCCCAGCACAAUUUAUGGCUGAUGUUAUUAUCUGGCAGAAUGGUGUGCUGGCGCUCAUUUCACCCAACCUGGAUUCUAGUCCUGUGUGCUGCUAAGAUAGUCAUUACCAGGCCCAGCUGUAAAAUAAAGGCUCAGACUAAAUGAACUCAAAAGUCUUUAAAGUUGUCAAACUGUAGUUGUGUAUAUGCAAAAUAUGAGUUUCCAAGACCUAGAGAGCUUGGAAUACGAGGAGGGUAGUCUUAAUGGCUCCAGCAACCCCAGUACACUCAUUCAUUUCAUGAGUCAGCCAAGAAUACACUUGAGAAGGCAAGAGGCUGUCUGUAGAAAACCAGGGAAGCUGUGUGCCCUUCUCAACGUCUUCUACCCUCAUUUUCCCAAUAGUGAGCAGCAUUAUGGUGAGGUCCCUUCCACUAUGUACUCUUUAUAACACCCUGUUCCACUCCUACACAGUAUGCACCACUCUCUAAUUUUGAAAUUACCUCUAUAAUGCCCAAUUCCACGAAGGCAGGGACAGUGCCUGUUUUGUUAAUUGCUAGAUUCCCAAGGGCUAACACAUAACAGCUGUUACCAAGUAUUUGUUGAAUAAAUGAGUAUCUUCUUCAGCCA